UCGCAUUAGAAUGCAAAGAGACUACUGCUUCAUAUCCCGCAGGUCCAUGAAGGGACCUUAAAGGAAAGCGAACACAGUGUUGAACGUGGGUCUCCAGUCGCAAAUGCCUAAGGUGGAAACAAUUGUGAGAGAGAAAUUCAGAAUGCAGACAGCUAAACCUGUCCUUGAUCUGAAUGUCUUUCAUUUUAAUGGAUAUGAACAACGUCCAAGAUGUAUAAAUGAGAGCACAAAUCCAACAUCUGCACGAUAAUAUUGCAACAAAAAGAAGAUUGUAUGAAUUCCACAAGAACUCCUUGCCCAAGUGAACAAAAUGGAUUUAGAAAAUGAAACUUUCACCAACUUUACUAUCGAAGAACUGACAAAGGGAAAAACUUCCAAAGUACUGAUAUCACUUUCACUCUCAGUCCUAACGAUCAUGACCACACUUAUUAAUUCACUGGUGAUAAGUGCAAUCAUUGUAACGAGAAAGCUUCACCACCCAGCAAACUAUCUAAUCUGCUCCCUUGCUGUUACUGAUUUACUUGUUGCUGUCCUUGUGAUGCCCUUCAAUAUUAUUUACACUGUAAAAGAGACAUGGGUCAUGGGUCAGGUCGUCUGCAAUAUCUGGUUAAGUGUUGACAUUACAUGUUGCACAUGCUCUAUUCUUCAUCUGGCUGCAAUUGCCCUGGACAGAUAUAGGGCUAUAACUGAUGCUGUGGAAUACGCACAGAAAAGGACACCUAAACGUGCUGGAAUAAUGAUCACAGUUGUAUGGGUCAUUUCCAUCUUUAUAUCGAUGCCUCCUUUGUUUUGGAGACACCAAGGAAAUAAUAAGGAGGACGAAUGUCUUAUUAAGCAUGAGCAUCUUGUCUACACAAUCUAUUCUACGUUUGGAGCAUUUUAUAUUCCCUUGGGUUUGAUCCUCAUUCUGUACUAUAAAAUAUAUCGAGCAGCUAAAACACUUUAUCACAAAAGGACUGCAAGCAAGCACAUCAAUGAGGAUGUAAAUGGCAAGAUGUCCAGCAUUACCAUCAGAAGCCCCAGGACACCUUCAACGUUGUGCAUGUCUGAAAAGUCUAUUUCAGACCCUUCGACAAUUGAAGAUGGAGACAAAAUCCACAUCACAGCUAGAAGUCUCAACCUCAGUACUAGCCAACAAGAAAAAUUGUGGAAGAGAAACAAAAUCUCUGGUACAAGAGAAAGAAAAGCAGCAACCACUUUGGGCUUAAUUCUGGGAGCAUUUGUGAUAUGCUGGUUGCCAUUCUUUCUAAAAGAGCUCAUUGUGAAUGUCUGUGAAUCAUGUUAUAUUUCUCCAGAGAUGACUGAUUUUUUGACGUGGUUAGGUUAUCUCAAUUCUUUAAUCAAUCCUCUUAUUUACACAAUCUUCAAUGAAGACUUUAAGAAGGCUUUUCAGAAACUGGUACGCUGCAAAAUGUUUCUGUGAAUACAAUGGAAGUACUCUCUAAGCAAUUACCUUUGUCAUUAGAAUGGGUAGAAUUUUUGCAGAAGCCUUCUGCUUUGAAAGAACAAUUAUAUUCUUUAUUCAGUUGGUUUACGGUGGCUUUGUAUCUGAAACAAUUACCAAACUAGAAGAUACAAACUGUUACAGAUACAUAAAACUCUUGGGUACAGAAGAGAACUUAUGUGGUAUUUUUCUAUUCUGUAACUGCUAGCGAUAUUUUAAAGAGAUGAUGCUGCAUAAGUAGAAGUAAUGCAAAUUUUAAAUUUGAAGUAUUAACUGAAUUUUUUUAAUGUGUGUAAAAUAUGAUUGAACUACAGGGAAAGCACGACCUAAUUUUCUCCUAUUUUUCCUCUUGAUUGAAAUUGACAUUUCAGUCUAAAAUGGAUAUAUUGAGAGCUUGUAAAAGUGGGAACAGUUGUUAAGAGCUUAUUAAGCAUUGAGAAUAACUUAUGAAAGGCCUUUAUAAGCAACAUGCAAGUGUUCCUUUUUGGGAUUUUUAAAAAUAAAUUGGAAAUGUAUUCCACAUGGAAGGAAUUCUAAGGUUGAGGGGCAAGACCUAAAGUAGCAAAACCACAACAGAAUUGUCCAAGUAUUCUUCUUCGCUGAAUUGCUGGAGCAAACAAUUGCAAGUUAAAUGAUAGUUCAGCAGCAACUGUAGAAGGAAGUGACUUGGAAUUAUAAAUGGACUGUGGGGCACAUUAUUGCAAAUCUAAUUAUUCCAGGAAUCAAAUGUAACACACCAAAGUUAGCUUCCCAAACAUGUCAGAAGGCAAGGCAUGGUGAGACUCAAUAUCAAAAGAGAACCUGUGCCUGUGGUGAACUUUUGUCUUGACAAUGGUUAUAAUGUAAUUAACCAGCAUUUAUGGUACAGGUAACUUCUAUACAUUCACAAAUGAGUAUGCAGGAGUUGGUCUGCAUCAUCCAUAGCCUCGCUUUUUCAUUUUACAUCCAAAUACAUGCAUUUAAGUGACAACAGAAAACCAAUACUUGGGCAAAUAGAUGGAUACGUGAGGGAUAAUUUUGUCUGGUCCUUGUCCCAGUUGCAGUGAACCUAUGAAUAAGUACUUCCUGUUAAAUUUCUGUUUAAUUACAGAAUAUCCAGUCACGUUUCAUGUCUUUUUUUAUGUUUCAUUACAAAAUAUUUUUUCUUGACUUUAAUAGAACUGCUUCUUUGUUAGCUGCACAAUAAAGUAAAUGACAGGCGGUGGCACAGAAAGUAGAAUGUUACUAUCUCGUAAAUCAUGCAUUGCUGUGACGUGUGUGGUGGAAGUGCACAUGCUGUUUGUGUAUAAGUGUACUGAGAGCUUAAUGUUUCCUGCAUUUCCCACUUACAGUAAUGUGGAAGAUUCAUUGACCCAGUUCUUGUUGCUUCCUUAGAUGAAGAAAUGGUGGGUGUGAGUUUGGUCUGGUCAGUUCCAUAAACUUGUGAAUUUCAACUGUUAGAUGAUAGUAUUCUUCUGAGUAACAAUAUUCCCGUUACAAUUCCCAGUCCAGAGUUUAAGCACAAAAAUCAAGGCCAACGCUCCAGUACAGCACUGAAGGGAUGUUGCUCUGUUUGGAGGCGCCAUCUUUCAGAUGAGACAUUAAACCAAGCCCCCAUCUGGCAGGCUUGAAUGUAUUUAAAAGAUCUCUUGGCACUAUAUUGAAGAGCUCUGGAGUUACCCCUGGUGCUCUGGGUCUGGCCAAUAUUUAUACCUCAACAUCACAAAAAAGAUUAUCUGAUCAUUAUUGCCUUGUUAUUUAUGGGAGCUUACAGUCAGCCACGUGGCUUCAUUACAAUGGUGACUGGGCUUCAAAAGUACUUCAUUGGCUACAAAGCACUUUGAAGCAUUUAGUGGCAGUGAAAAGUGCGAUAUAAAACAUUUCUUUCAAUAAUUAGGCAAACGCCAUGGCCCUGAAAUUUCACAAGAGAUUCAACUGGUCUCCAACCUGAAUAAUAUUGGCAAGCCUGGAGAACCCCAGCAGAACCUCAACACCAGUACCUUCACCCAAAACAUCUGUGUCAUUAUCAGUUGCAGGAGAUUGUUUGUUUUAAUUGUUGUGAGAUCAAAACUUUCGGAUAUCCUACCUGCAGUCUCUUGUUUAUGCCAUGUUUUGGCACUACCACUUUAAUAAGUUUACUCUUUUGUCACUGCUUGCAAGCCUCAUGUUUUAUAUGAGAGUACAAUUAUGAGCAACUUUGAGUUAUUUUAAUCCAUCCCUCAUUUUUGAAAACUAUCUAUGACCACUUAUGCUGCUUUAAAUAUUAAUGUUACCUUGACUGUUGUGUUUGUCAUAACAUUUUUACAAAGGUAGGACCCCGAAUAUUUGUAUCCUGAUGACCACAGUCCAAUUGUUCACUGAUUUAAAAGUAAAACACUGCAGAUUGGAAAUCUGAUGGAAACACAGAGAAUGCUGGAGAAACUCUAAGUCUGGCAAUAUUUGUGGAGAGAAAAACAAAGUUAACAUUUCAUGUCCAGUAUGACAUCAUCAGAAUGGUUCUGAAACUGGACUCAAAACAUUACCCAUAUUUCUGUCUCCACAGAUGCUGCCAGAACUAUUGAGUUUCUCCAGCAUUUUCUGUGUUUGGCCACUUAAUUGUAGCUGGUUGGCCUUUACUGUUCACAACUUAUUUGUACACAUUCAUAACACUAACCUGUAUAUUAAACAGUAUCUGCUCAAUGACAUGAUCUUCUGAAUAUUAUAGAGUACUUGAAUCUGAGCAAGUGCAUGAUGUAAAUGUGGGUUUUGUCAGUUGGUGUGGUGUUAAGCGCUUCAUUUUGCUGGAUGCUGCAAACCACUUUGUUCAAUCUUUGUGAUGGGAACGAUUA